AUGAAAUGGCCACUGUCGUCUUCCGAUGACAAUUCAGGUCGGAUAGGCCGAUUCACCGAGCGCGUACGAUCUGGGGAGCUGUUCACAGCGGAGGUGUUUCUCUCCCCGGAUGUGCUCUUCCCCACGGUGGCACUCACUUCGGGAACCCUCGCGGCGAUAUACUUCUACAGCCACUAUGUCCGGCGGAUACCCAUGACUUCGGAAAUAUAUCCCUCCUACUUCCGGCGAAGGUCGUUGUUCGGGACCGUCACGAGCGUUGGGGACGGGGACAAUUUCCGGCUCUUUCACACGCCCGGUGGGAGACUGAUGGGAUGGGGAUGGAUGCCCGGCAGGAAGGUCCCAACGGUCAGGAAGGACCUCAGGGACGUUACUCUCCACCUCCGCAUAGCAGGCAUUGAUGCUCCCGAAGGCGCGCACUUUGGAAAAACCGCCCAACCGGGUUCAGGGGAGGCGCUGGCAUGGCUACGAAGCUACAUUCUGAACCACAGGGUGCGCGCGUACAUAUAUCGACGGGACCAGUACGAACGGGUGAUCGCUUCCGUCAAGGUGCGCAAGGGACUGUCCCGGAGGGACGUGGGGCUGGAAAUGUUGAAAGCGGGUAUGGCGACGAUUUACGAAUCCAGGAUUGGUGCGGAGUUUGGGAGUCUCGAGAGGGAGUAUAGAGAUGCGGAAGCGGCGGCGAAGAAACAGGGGAUUGGAAUUUGGGCGCCUAGCAAGAAGCAGUUUAUUAGCCCUGGGGCUUACAAGAAGGAGUUGAGGGAGAGGGGGCCGUGAGGCUCUGGGUGUAUUGUUGGCGGUGCUUUUGAUAGGUGGCGAUGAAUAGGAAUGAUAAGAAAGAGACACGAGCGAUGGAAUUGAUUUGAUAUUACUGGAA